AUGUUAUGUAUUGAAGAAAAUUUUAUCUAUCUAUCUAUCUAUCUAUCUAUCUUAUUUCUUUAUUUCUUUCUUUCUUUCUUUCUUUCUUUUCUCUAUAUUUUCUCCUGUCUGUUUAAUUUUACAAUCCCAUAUCUAUCUAUCUAUCUAUCUAUCUAUCUAUCUAUCAUUCAUCUAUCUGGCCCAUUGUCAAAGUGUUUUGACUGUGGAUAUGUUUCUCUCUGUUUACUUAUCUUUUUCUUUUUGUUUCUCUUAUCUCCUCUCUUCUCAUCUUUGUGCCUCUGUCUGUUUUUCUUUCUUUAUUUUUCUCAUUUUUUUAAAUUGUCUCUGUUAUCUCAUCCUCCUUUCUUUCUUUUCCCUAUUCUUUUCUUAAUUUUGUCUAUUUUUUCUUUCUUUUGUUGUUUCUUUCUUCAGAAAUAUUUUCUUUAUUCCUCUUUUCUCACCAUUUCUUGUUUAUGUUUUCUCCUUUCCUUUUCUCUUUGUUUUUCAUUUCUUUCUUACUUUCUUUCUUUCUUUCUUUCUUUCUUUCUUUCUUUAUUUAUUUAUUUAUUUAUUUACUUAUUUAUUUAUUUAUUUACUUAUUUUGUCUUUAUAUUGUUUCAUCUUUUUUCUUUUAGUUUCUCUAAUCUUCUUUCAAUUCUGUCUGCUUUUCCUUUCUUUCUUAUAUUCUCUCUUAUUUUCAUUAUUUUCUUUGUUUUCUUUUUCCUGAUUUCUUUUAUUAUCCUCCUUUUCUGUUCCAUCUUCAAUGUUUUCGACCCUUCAAUUUCUAUUUUACUUCUUUAUCUCUCCUUUUCUCAUAUUUCCUUUCCUUUACGUUCUCUCUUUUUUUCUGUUUGUACUUCUUUUCUCUUUCUUUCGUUAUUCAAUUUCUGA